GGAGGAAACAUGCGCAGUAGCAGCCUCGUCAGCAGCAUCAGGACCAAAAAGAUCCACAGGAGCCCGCAAUACAAGAAGAUGGUGCAUGUAAACACGCCGAGUGAGAUGACUGUGUGUUUUUGUCGGACUGCAGUCGCCACUUGCAUAUGAAACCGACAUUUGAAUUCAUUUCGUGCGGGGGAAAAAAGACAAAAGGAGGUCUUAUUUUCAGCCAGCAGACGCGCGCAAACGGAGCGGCAGAGAUGCAACGACAAUAACAACACAAGAUGAAAUCGGUUUAGCCGCAUGACGACGCUUUAAAUCCUCUGCUGCGCUGCGACAGACGACAAAAGCGGGACCCCUCUCAUGUCACCACGUAUGACAGGCUUUCUUGUGUAAUGGUCGCUGGUUUCUAGUGGGAUGCACAUCAGUGUUUGUCCGUACUCGCUCUCCGUCGUAAUGGCAGCUCUGUACCAGGGCACGGACGCCUGCUCUCCGGAUAAAUUUCUGGCCUUGAAAGACGUGAGGGAGGUGAAAGAGGAAACUACGCUGGACGAGAAGCUCUUCUUGCUGGCAUGCGAGAAAGGCGACUACUACAUGGUGAAGAAACUGCUCGCGGAGAACCGCCACGGCGAGCUCAACCUCAACUGCGUGGACGUGCUGGGCCGGGAUGCCGUCACCAUCACCAUCGAGAACGAGAAUCUAGACAUCCUGCAGCUUCUUCUGGAACAUGGCUGCCAGGCGACAGACGCCUUGUUGGUGGCCAUAGACUCUGAGGUGGUGGGAGCUGUGGACAUCCUCCUCAACCAUAGGCCGAGGAGAUCCUCCAAGCCCUCCAUUGCAAAACUGAUGCAGCGUAUUCAGAACCCAGAGUAUUCCACCACCAUGGACGUGGCUCCAGUCAUCCUGGCAGCCCACAGGAACAACUAUGAGAUCCUGACUAUGCUGCUGAAACAGGACAUCUCGCUUCCCCGGCCCCAUGCUGUGGGCUGCGAGUGCACGCUCUGCAACGCUAAAAACAAAAAGGACAGCUUACGACACUCCAGGUUCCGCCUGGAUAUCUACCGCUGCCUGGCCAGCCCCUCUCUGAUCAUGCUGACUGAAGAAGAUCCCAUACUUAGGGCCUUUGAGCUGAGUGCAGACCUCAAGGAGCUCAGUCUGGUCGAGGUGGAGUUCAGGAAUGAUUAUGAUGAUCUGGCAAAGCAGUGUAAGAUGUUUGCCAAGGACCUGCUGGCUCAGGCUCGAAACUCUCGAGAGCUCGAAGUGAUUCUCAACCACACAUCCAGUGAGGAUCAAGUUGACAAGAGGGGUUUGCUUGAGGAGCGAAUGAACCUCAGUCGACUCAAGCUCGCCAUCAAGUACAACCAAAAGGAGUUUGUGGCUCAGUCCAACUGUCAACAGUUCCUCAACACCGUCUGGUUUGGGGAGACGGCCAGUUAUCGGCGCAAGCACACCUGUCUAAAGAUGGCCACGGUGCUGAGCGUGGCCAUGCUUUGGCCGCUGCUCUCUGUCUGCUACCUUCUGGUGCCACGCUCCCGUGUGGGCCAGAUCAUCCACACGCCCUUCGUCAAGUUCAUCAUCCACAGCGCCUCCUACUUCACCUUCUUGCUGCUGCUAAACCUGUACUCUCUGGUCUACAAUGACGGCAAGAAAAACACCAUGGGCCCUGCGCUGGAGAUGAUAGAUUACCUGCUCAUCAUCUGGAUCAUAGGGAUGGUGUGGUCGGAUGUGAAGCGUCUGUGGUAUGAGGGGCUGGAAGACUUUCUGGAAGAGUCUAGGAACCAGCUGAGCUUCGUGAUGAAUUCCCUUUACCUCGCCACCUUUGCCCUCAAGAUAGUUGCUCAUAGCAAGUUCAAGAAUGUGGCGGACACAGAGAGGAAAUACUGGGACGCCUUCCAUCCCAUCUUGGUGGCGGAGGGCCUGUUUGCCUUUGCCAACGUUCUAAGUUACCUGCGACUCUUCUUCAUGUACACCACCAGCUCCAUCCUGGGGCCGCUGCAGAUCUCCAUGGGUCAGAUGCUGCAGGAGUUUGGAAAGUUUCUGGGCCUCUUCCUGUUGGUGUUAUUCUCCUUCACCAUUGGACUCACCCAGCUUUAUGGAAAGGACCAGCAAGACCCAGACAAGAAUCAAACAAAGGACUGCGAGGGAAUAUUCUGCCAGCGACAGAGCAACGAUGCAUUCCACACGUUUAUGGGGACCUGCUAUGCCCUAUUCUGGUACAUCUUCUCCCUGGCACACGUUGCGCUCUUUGUCACCCGCAUCAGCUACACAGAGGAGCUGCGCUCUUUUGUGGGUGCCAUGAUCAUAGGCACCUACAACAUUGUGGUGGUUAUUGUGCUGACCAAGCUGCUGGUGGCCAUGCUCCAUAAAAGCUUCAGACAAAUUGCUAAUCACGAGGAUAAGGAGUGGAAGUUUGCUCGGGCCAAACUGUGGCUGAGCUACUUUGAUGACAAGUGCACCAUGCCUCCGCCAUUCAAUAUCCUGCCCUCCCCGAAGACUGUCUGCUACCUGGUGACCAGCAUGAGCAAGUGGAUCUGUUCGCACACCUCAACAGGCAAGGUGAAGAGACAGAACAGCCUCAGGGAGUGGAAGAACCUGAAGCAGAAGCAUGAUGAGAACUAUCAGAAGAUCAUGUGCUGCCUGGUUCACCGCUACUUGACCUCCACGCGGCAGAAGAUGCAGAGCACGGACCAGGCCACGGUGGAGAACCUGAACGACCUGCGCCAAGACCUCUCAAAGUUUCGCAACGAAAUGAGGGACCUGCUGGGCUUCCGGACCUCCAAAUAUGCCAUGUUCUACCCAAGGAGCUAAAAAAAAAAGACUAGAUAUAACUUCCCUUUCCCCUCCUUUUGACAAAACCUCUGCUUCUCAUUUUUCUGGGAUGCUGUGUGAUCCGAGCAUGUGCAAAAACUCUGCUCUUUUGAGUCACAGAGGAAACUUUUAAACCUGGACCUUAGCUAGAAAUAUAUACAUAUAUUCUCCACCAAAGCCUCCCAACUCAGGCCCCAUAUGUAUUAAUCAGCUAUUCAACCCUUUUUUUGUAAAUAAAGAAAGCCAUUGUUUUCACCAGAAAAAACUAUUAAACAAUUUAUGGAAACAUUAAUUUAAUGGCAUAAAGAACUGAUUUAGCUGAAUACAAAUGCUGCUUUUUGAUUCCUCUCCUUGAAAACUGAUCUUUGGCCACUCAGUUGAGAAAGCCAUGAAAACUGUCAACUUGUUCAGCUAACUGCCCAGUGGUCCAGUCCACGUGAGAGUCACAUUACACACACCUGAUCCACUCUCAUGCUUAGCAUUGCUGCCUUGACCACUCUCAACAGACCAAUCCACAUGUUAUUUGGCAUUAUUCAGUUUCCAGCUGAAAGUUCUUGUACUAAGACGGACGAACAUAAGGAACUUGUUAAAGGAGUUUUAUUUGGGCAGAUGAAAACAACAAAAUAUAAAUAAUAUUCACAGACUUUUUCAUAUGAAAAUAAUUUUCAUUUCAUAACUCUGCCUUUUAUAAAACAAGUAAAUGGUGUACGCUGAUAGCGGUGCUUUGCAUCUGUAAACAAACUAAAGAAAAAGAGUUUUAGCUAGGAAGUUUCUCAUUUGUUUCACAUAAAACCAGCAUAGAAUCUUUAAAAAAAAGAAUCGCAUACAUAUUAAAUAUUGCACUUUUCAUCAUCACUUCCAAACUUCCAAAUUCUGCCCAUUAAAAUUUAACUUACAAAAAUGAACUCCAGACUGUUUACGCCGUCAUUAAAAAUACAACAAAAAGCUGUGACAAAUCCCCGAUGGGUAUUAGGCUUGGGAAAUUCAAGGCUAUAUUUGUUUAAUGCAUACUGAAUAAUAAAUCCAACUGUUUAUUCACAUUGCGCUCCACAGACUCAAAGGGGAAAGAACUGAAAAGUAGAAUAUGCAAAAAUGUUAAAUUAAUAGUACCAUCACAGGAUACUGUCAGAACAGAUGUGGACACUGGAAGUUCUAAACAAUAUGAUUAUUGUUUGUUUUGUGAAGCACAUCUCUGUGAAUUGCUAUACUCGAUAUUCUGGGCUCCUGUUACUGGCUACGAUUUAACUUCCUGCUGGGGGCAUGACAGGAAUGUGACGAGGCAGAGUGAGAAUGGGCUGUGGAAUAGCGUUGGAAACAACUCAUUUUGUUGCUAAUUAUUCUGAGGUUGCAAAUAAGACUAACCGACUGGUCUCUUAAUAGAACAGAGUAGGAGUGCUGAAUGUCUUCUUGUUUAUUCUAAAAACAUGUGAUCUGCAGCAACAUGAAUAAAUACAAAAAUCUACGUUGCGCUGAA